AUGUGUAACUUUGUUGUGAUGAUGGUGAUUUAGAAUUCAAAUCCAAAUCCUUAGUCUUUCUCCCUUUUAACUCCAGUCUGGUUGAUUUGAUCGAGGCGAAGUUCCGAGGGUUUUGAUUCAAGUCUUUGCUGCAGUUUCCUGACUCGUUUUGGAUCUCGGAUGAUGAAAGAGGUAAAGGAGGCUUUUCGUUUUGUAUGUUCAUCUGAGUUGUGGAGGAUGGCUCUUGUUUGGAGUAUCAGUCUUGUUUCUUCUUACUUUCAAUUGCUUAGAGCAAAGAUCUUUGGCUCAAGAUCUAUUCCCAUUUCUUGCUCCAUCAAUCCACAUAAUGUAUCUUCGAGACCCAUUUGUGUUAUCACUGGUGCUACUUCUGGGAUUGGUAAGGCCACUGCAGUUGCUCUUGCAGAGAAGGGUUUCUACGUUGUUCUUGUUGGACGGUCCUCUCAGCAUCUUUCAGAGACACUGAAGGAAAUCAAGAGCAAGAACAAAGAUGCGCAACUCAAAUCUUUCGAAGCCGACAUGUCUUCUUUUCAAUCAAUCUUGAAGUUUAAAAACUCUCUAGAGCAAUGGCUCUCAGACUCAGAGUUACAUCCUUCGAUUCAGCUUUUAGUGAACAAUGCUGGGAUACUAGCAACUUCAAGUCGCCCAACCAUUGAAGGUUAUGAUAAGAUGAUUGCUACAAACUAUAUUGGUCCAUUCUGUUUGACAAAGCUUCUUUUGCCACUUCUGAGAAAGAGCAAUGUUCCUUCACGGGUCGUGAACGUUACAUCAUUCACACAUCGUUCAGCUUCUCUUCACAAGUUUGACAGGGAUUCUGUUACUGGAGCGUGUUAUUCGACAUCAAACCAGUAUCCUUGUGCUCAAAUCUAUGAGUAUUCUAAAUUAUGUCUUCUACUUUUCUCAUAUGAACUGCACAGACAGCUUCGGAUCAUAGACGACUCAAACCAUGUCUCUGUAAUAGCUGCUGAUCCAGGAUUUGUGAAAACAAAUAUAAUGCGUGAGCUUCCUUCUUGCAUAACUUCCAUGGCGUUUCUUGGCUUCAGAAUUAUUGGCAUCCUGCAGUCACCAGAUGCUGGAGCUGAAUCUAUCAUCGAUGCCGCUUUAUCCGCACCUGAGAGAUCAGGUAGUUACUAUUUUGGAGGAAAAGGAAAGACGAUAGAAUCAUCAAAAGUUUCUAAAAGUACAAAGCUUGCAAAACAACUGUGGGAUACGAGUUGUGAUCUGUUCAGUGAGUUGCAGCUGCUUCAGUCACAAACAACACAAGUUAUGCAAGAGACCAAAAAUCCUGUAUAGAUUCUUCUAAUCCUCUAUAGUAAUGGCUUCCUAUAUUGUAUUUGUUGUUAAAUAAAAUGGUGAUGAUUCUCUCAUAGUUGUGAAUUCUAGUGACUCUCAAAAGUCAAACGAUUAGAUGAGAUAUACCUUGUGAUUUUGUGUCAUAUUGCAAAUCAUAUUCUUGUAAAUGAAUAUUACAACCGAAUCAUUUCUUUGAUUUGUAAAGUGAUGGAAAA